AUGCCUCCCCAAACUUCCGGAAAGGCUGCCAAGAAGGCUGGAAGGCAGAAAGCCAUUGCCAAGGGUGACAGAAGAAGAAAGCGCAGGAGGGAAGGAAAGCUGGCAUCUUUCAUCUACAAGGCACUGGAAGCAAGUGCACCCCCGACACAGAGUCUCACUCCAAAGCGCUAUGUAUCCAUCAUGAACUCUUUCGUGAACGACAUCUUCGAGCGCAUCGCGGCCGAGGCUUCCCGCCUGGCGCACUACAACAAACGCUCCACCAUUACAAGUCGGGAAAUCCAGACAGCUGUCCGACUCUUGCUGCCCGGUGAACUGGCCAAGCAUGCCGUGUCUGAGGGCACCAAGGCUGUCACCAAGUACACCUCUUCCAAGUAA